CGCCAUCGCCAAGAAGAUGUUCGAAAUUCGAAAUUGUGCAAAGAAUAUAAUUUAUUGGUGAAUGGAAUCAGAAACUUCAGAAAAAAAGAACAGGAAAAAACGGCACAUUUAUCAAAUUUGCGAUAAUUUGUACUGACUCUUUUUUGUAAUACUUAAAUUCGCAAAGAAUUCUAGUUAAGUGUGUGUGACGAAAAUGUAUUGGAAAUAAUGUGAAAAUGUGAAAAUCGGUCGAAGAAAAAGUGCGGCAGCGAAAAAGUUAACUCGAGUUUUUUUUUGAUUGAAGAGAAGAAGAAAAUUUUUUUUAAAUUUUAUUUGUGAUUUAUGUCGAUUCAAUUUAAUUUACGGCAAAUUGGAAUUGAUAAAAAGCAUUUCGUUCUAUCUAAUUAAGUAGGAAGUGUGUGUAGUGGAGGUGUUAAUAAAUUUUUCAUCCAAAUUUUUGUUCUUUUUAAUAAAAAAAAUUUUUGUUCCAUUUUCCCGACAUGUCAUGUGAUAAUUUGGAUUUUUUUCAUAAUUUUCAUCCGAAAAGCUGGUAGCUACAAAACAGGAAGAAAUCAAAUUUGGGUGAUCGAAAAUACAAAACAAAAUUCGUGAUAAAUGAAAGUGCCGCCCGAAAAAGAAGUUUUACCCGACUUAAAAUCCGCAGAUUUUUAGAAUACCAAAAAAAAACAACAAGCAAACCGAUAACCAGGAUACCACAGAAGGAAAAUAACCGCAAUCCAACCGAAACGGAAACGUUCAGAUUUCAGUACAGACAACAGAAACGAACCGCUAUAAAAAAAACCGAUAGAUUCGAUGCAUACAUUCGAUGCAAACAGAACUAGAGGAACGGAUACACCGACUUCAACCACAAAAUAUAAAAGAGUGCGCUCUUCACUAAUCCAACAAUAGACACUUUACAAUCGGUAUAUAUGAUAGUAGAAGAGUAUCAAUGUCCAUUGUACGAAACGAAGACCUUCUUUCUUAAAUCGGUACAAAAUAGUAUGGCCAAUAUUAUGUCCAGCAUGAAAAAUCCAAUAAAGAAGCUGGUCAGUAAACAAAAGAAGCGUUACACAGAAGGUGGAUUCGAUUUGGAUCUAUCAUAUAUCCUGCCAAAUUUAAUAGCGAUGGGAUUUCCUGCCGUUAGCCUUGAAGGAGUUUAUCGAAAUCACAUAGACCAUGUAGUCCGUUUUUUUAAGACCAAACACGAUGGAGCUUAUAAAAUUUAUAAUUUAUGCUCGGAAAGAGACUAUGAUAUUAAGAAAUUUGAUUCGCGAGUUGAACAUUAUCCAUUUCACGACCAUAAUCCACCUAAUAUUGAACAAAUUCAAGCUUUCUGUGAUGAUGUCCAUAAGUGGCUAAAUGAAAACGAAAACAAUGUAGCUGCCGUGCAUUGCAAAGCUGGCAAAGGUAGAACGGGGACAAUGAUCUGCUGUUACAUGUUAUACAGUAAACAAUUCGACAGUGCUUCAGAAGCAUUAAGUCAUUUCAGUGACACACGCACGCAUGACAAAAAAGGGGUGACCAUCCCAUCGCAGAGGAGAUACGUUGAAUAUUAUGCCCGUUUGCUGAAAUCAGGCGUUAAAGAGUACAGGCGAAAUCUGUUACAGCUUAAGGAAAUCAAAUUGUCGUCGCCGCCAUCACUGAACAGUCAUCAGGGAACUGUGCAUUUUAGCGUAUCCAGUGUAACCAGUGUAUCAGAACGACGGGAAGUUCGCGUUAUUCACACUUCAGAAGUACCUGAUUGUAAAAAAUCGUUCGACUCCAUCACAAUUCCUGUCGAUCCGAAUGUUGUACAGCUAUCUGGUGAUAUUAAAAUAGAAUUUUACAGCGAAUCACAUCUGAGGGCGAAAAAGAAAAAAGUUUUGUUUCGGUUUUGGUUCAACACCUACUUUGUCGAAUUGGAGAAUGCGGAAAAUAACAGUGAUACUGCCUGUUUUGAUUUCACUCUUUCAAAGAAUGAAAUCGACUGUGCCCAUAAGGAUAAAAAAGACAAAAUUUAUCCAUCUAACUUUAAGGUACAAUUAGCUCUGGAACGUUUUCCAAAUAUGCCAGCAAUCGGUGACGAGGAUCGUCUUCAUAAAAACAUGCACAGCAAAAGUAUGAUUUCGUUGCAAGAUGCACACACCCCAUCCGAAAAUACCGAGGCGUCCAGUUCCGGUUCAUCGUCCAGUGACGGUUGGGAAUCUGAAACAAAUAUCCGGAGCGUGCAAGUGCAUAGAAACAAAGACACAAUUGUAACUUCUGACCGACGAAUGUCCCAUUUUCCUCUCAGCGAUGGAGUCAUAUCAUUGCUAUCCAAUCACUUUAGGAAUUCUAUUCGACGGCAGUCCACAUGAAAAUAAAACAAACCGAAAAAACACGCACACACAAACACUCUAAGUGGUCGCUGUUUGUCACAGAAUAAAAAAACACACACACACGCACACACACACAAUACUUGCAACUGAAAUGCUGCGAUAAUAUUAAUUUAGAAUUUAAAUUAAUUUUAGUCCGUAAAAUUAUGAUUUUCCUGCUGAUUUACAUAAAUUUUGUGUUUAUUAUAAUUUUGUGGAACAUAAAUUGCGAGAUGACAGAAAUACGAGACCACACUGAUCCAUUGAUGGUUUCAUUCCGAUAUGUUUAGUUAAUUUAAUUAAUUUUUUUCUGUUUUUGUUUUUAAGUUUAAAUUUAUCUUUCGUUUUUGUGUAUGCGGAGCGCAAAAAAAAACGUUGCUUUACCGUUACUUAUAUGUGAUUACAAAGUUUAUGUUUACGUAAAAAUUACUGCAAAAUAUGAGGGCGCUUGACGUCUCAGUCAUAGGCGUAAAUUAAACGAAACAAAUUUGUGUUGUUGAAUUACUCUCGGUCUCGCAUUGCUAUUUUUAACUGUUCAUUUGUCGUCAAGCAAAUCGUUUGUCUCAUUGCUUCAAAUCACAGAUUCACACAGUUCGACCAGUUUAGUCACUACAAAAUGAACAAAUUUGCAUAUUUUUAAACCAGGCGUGAGAGCCGCCGUUCAAACUACCACCGAUACAUAAUAGUUACAUAUUUCCGUCAUGGAAUAGAGUGGAACGCGGUUCGGCUAUUUUCAAUGACUCUCAUGUCUGGUUCGACAUAUGAGAGAUGUGGAAUAGUGUCGUUGAUCAAUGCUAUACAUAAACGUUUCCACCAAACUCAUUCAAAAAGCUCAAGCAUUAUGGAAACACUCACACCACACAGACACAGUGACCAACAGACAUACUGUCAAACGUAACUUCCUUUGUGCUUGGAUCUGUGGCUCCCUCGCAGGUAAUCUCAAUGUUUUGCCAGAUUAUCGUCUGUACCAGAAGUUUUACAAUUCAAUUUUUGUACAGGUAAUGUCAACCAAAUCUGUGUCUAAAGUUGCUUCAGCUGAUCUACCAACUGUUCCACUCAUACAUUCACACUGCAUAUAAGGCUACGACGCGCUUGCGUGUAACUUUCAUACUCUCAUAAGGAAGUAUAGACAGUGUGUUUGUAUGAGUGGACCAGCUGAAGGAAACUUAGUAGCAAUGGUUGACUUUAACUGUAGUCUAGCACAAUACGUUCUAUCCCAGUGGUUAGUUUUUAUUUCUGACGAAAUACUUAAAGUCAAAUGCUGGUUUAAAGAUCUUUACAGGAGAAGUGGACCAAGGGAUGAAAAGGUUUUUUUCCUUCGGUCAACUACAUAGGUAAAUAAAACCAACACUCGAUCUAUAAAUCAAAAACUAACAAAAAAAAUGUGCCUGCCGCAGGUAUGUUCCUUUCCAUAGCAAGAAUUUUAACCAGAUCGAUUGUAAUGCUCAGGUUGUUGUUGUUUCGAUGGAUAGUGGAAAAAUCAGGAACUAUUUUUGGGAAAAUUUCCGAACUUUUCUUGUUUUUCGGAAAAUAUUUUUUCGGUAAAAUUUUAAAGAAAAGUUGGAAUUUUUGCGAAAAAUAGUGAAGAAAUGGGAAAACGUUUUUCCAAGAAUUGUCGCUGGUAGAAUAUCACCAAAUCUGUUUAUGUCUGAGUCACUAUGAACUGUACCAGGUUACCCGUCAUUGUUCAGACGCGAUUUACUUUUGUAAGUCACACAGAUUAGGCCAAUGGUGUAAGAGUGAAAUAUUAAAUUAGACGUGAAGACAAGACACUUUACCUCUACGCAGUCGUAUAUCAAUUGAACUGUAAAAUAAUGUCCAAAUGAAAGUUUUUCUUUUUGGUUUUGUUUUUUGUUAAAAUCAACAAGUUUCACUGUUCUGAACGCUUUGUUUUUGUGGUGCCGUUUUGGUUGUAAAAAAGAGAGGGAAGAAAUUUUUAGAUAAAUUUUGAACACUAACCUUUUAACAAAUUUUGAAUGCAUUUUUGCUAACACUAAAUAUUGAUUUUGAACUAAAAAUAAAACAAAAAUAUUUUUUUUACUAACUGUUUUACAUGCUGCUUGCUUACUCCAUCAUCAUCAUUAACCAUAUUUCCAAUUUGUGGUGACUAAUUUCCUGUGUGUUUUGUACAUAUUAAAUAUUUUUUAAAAAUAUUGUCUUUCUGUUGUACAAAUUGUGUGGAUCAUUUUGUUCUGGUUUUAAAUUAAAAAAAAAAA